AUGUCACCACGAUGGUUUUUGUUUCUGUUCGCUGUCUGCGUUGUUCACUCCGUAGAAAUCGAAUCUGAAAUCGGUGAAAGUGGCGGGACAGUGAGUGAAGUGUCUGCGGACUUUGAAGAGGAAGAUGCAGGAAGGACGGAAGAGCCUCCGGCGGAAGAACGAUGGAAGAAGAUCGAAACUAGGAUAAAGGAAAUUAUUCAAAAGUUUAUUCGUGAUUCGUACCGUGAUGGUAUUCGCUUGGCGUACGACGCCGAGUUGUCCGUGGACUGCAUGGGCAGCUUGACUAUGGUAAUGAAGGGACUUUCGGAGCUGAACUCGGAUACCAUUAGACUCCUGGAUGCCUGGGGCAAAAUUUCCCCUGGUUUCACUACCGGCAGUGUAGCACAACUCGGCGACUAUGACCUCUGCUUGGGGCUUACCGUGCGGGACUCGAACAAGGAGCCAAAGUUCCACGGCCAAUACUGCAGUCUUGCAAUGAACCCUCCUUUACCACCAAGACCUGACGUCAUUACUAAUGACCUUGUUCUUUUCAACACGAGCGGAUUUGCUGAUGACACUGCCGUAAAAGAUUUCAUGGAUGCCGCUUGGGGAUUCUACGUCACCAAGCCUCGGUUUGCGAUCUGCGUUCCCGACCAGUGUUCAAUGGAAGACAUAGAGAAGUUGCUGAGAGCCGUUGAGGACAAGUAUGGUGCUGACCUCAGCCUCCUUAGCUGUGAAGUGAAGGAAGACUUCCACUGGAACACGUCCCAGAUUAUCGCGAUCAUAAUCCUGGGGUGCUUUGCUGCUGUCGUGCUCACGUCAACGUGCCUCGAAGGAGUUUUCUUUUAUUUGCAACUAUGCGGCAAAUGCGCCAACAAGCCUGGUCCUUGGCAAAGAGGCUUUCUGUCACUUUCCAUCCACAAGACAACGGGAAACCUGUUCCGAGUUGGAGGCGAUUCUCAACAAAGGCAGCACUUCAAGUUCUUCAACGGGCUUCGUGUUCUGUGCGUCUUCUGGGUCAUCGCCUUCCAUAUUUACACGUAUCCCAGCAUCGUCACUUUGCGAUCACUUCGAGAGUUUCAAAACAACGCAGAAAGGUUCUUCUUCCAGUUCGUGAACAAUCCUGGCCUUGCCGUGGACACCUUCUUCUUUAUCAGUGGAUUCCUGGUACUACACAGUCAACGUCGAAUAUCAAAAACGACACCAUGGCUCAGGCAUUACGUGGUAUCAAUGCUACAACGUUAUUGGAGGUUGGUCCCCUUGGCGCUGUUGGUCAUGCUAGGAGUAUUCCUGCUUCCCCCUUUAUCUUCUGGCCCCGUUUGGAAAGAGCUAAUGAGCAAAGAAACGGAAAACUGUGUCCAGAGGUGGUGGACAAUUCCAGCUGUUUUUAACAAUCACUACCACUUUGACGACACCUGUCUUGUUCACUAUUGGUACGUCAGCGCGGACCUGCAAGUGUACGCCAUUGCCUUAGCCAUGUCCAUACUUGCAUUCAGGAAACCUGCUACGGCAGUAGCCCUCAUGCUUUCGGCAGUUGUCAUCAGUAUGAUUGGGGUUGCGGUACAAACCUACGUCAACGGUUACCACCCGACCGUGCUCUUUUUCAGCAGAGAUGUAAGGUUUACCUUGAACAUGAAUCGUUGGGUGGCCCUGGUACCGAGCACGCACAUUGGACCGUAUAUCGUGGGCUCUUUGACGGCGUCUGCCUAUCACUAUCACUACAACAAGCGGAUCCAUCCAUUGGUGCAGUCCUUCCUCUGGCUUACAGCCCUGACACUGAGCGGAUUGUCGCUCUUUCCGACGAUGCGGUGGGGUCUAGGGGAUGUGCCAUCGCCAGAAGUUACUGUUGCCUUCGCUGCCAUUCAUCGGGUCGCGUGGGCCUUGGGUCUGUCCUGGUAUGUCUUCGCAUGUGCCACAGGCCGAGGAGGAAUCUUGAACACCCUUCUGUCCUGGAAUGCCCUGGUGCCACUUGGCCGUCUUUCAUACGCCAUCUAUCUUGUGCACGCAUAUCUGGUUUUCCUCAAGGUUUAUACAGUACGUCAACUACUGGACGCUACGAAUUUCAACAUGGUGUCGUCGGUAAUAUCUACCAUGGUCUUAUCAACAAUGUGUGCCUAUCUGGUACACGUGAUUCUGGAGUGUCCUCUAAAUUUGCUUCGAAGCUCAUUCGAGAAGUGGGUAAAACGGAAGGCAUCGUCCCGUGCGUCCUUUAGCGUGCCUUCUUCUCUUGACGUUCAUACGAAGCCCUCAGUUGAACUACAGGUGACAAGGAACAACGAAAAUACCGUCAGCUGAGCUGGAAACAUCACCCAAAGACAUUUCUUUAGUCCUGAUUCUUUUCCCAAGUAGCCAUGCCUUGCUGCCACUUCGUGGGUUUCACGUGGGAAUAACUGCCUAUUAAGACUAUGCCUAAUAUGACUAGGGUUGCCACCAGGCCGGUUAUUUGCCGCUCUUGCCGGUUAAAGGGCAAUACCGGAAGAGUUUUUCCGGUAUUUCGCAGCAGAAGGAAUUUCAUGGAGAAAUUCCGUCAAAAUUUAUUGGCUUCAGGUCGUGAUUCUUGACGGUUUCGACGUUUCCUAGUUUACGCCACCUCCUUUCUGUGCACAUCUCCAGGUCCCCCAAACUCACCUCGGAAAAGCGUGCAACGAAGAAGGCCGCCACUAGAUACCCCACUGUUCCCGUUCCGGAUCACUUCAGCGCGCUAAGUUUAGCGGCAAAAUGUUUUUGUUGUUUCUGCGAAUGAAUCUAGUCUUUAUAUGUCCAAAUAAAACGCGUAUAACAACUUUCUGUGUCGUGUUUCAUUUUUUGGUCCCGUUUUUAAACGUGUUGAGCGAUCGGAAGGAUCUAGUGCACGGCUGCGUGCAUCACAUAGCGUACCUGUCGUACCAGGCGCCGCAGGCGCAAUCGUCCAAUUCUUCCUCGGUGACUUGGCCUGGCUUGGAUUGUGCUUCAACUGGAUCUUUAGCGCACUACAAUCGAACGCAAGCCAACGUUUGGUAACAAUGGGGUAUCUAAGGGCGGCCUCCGGCAUUGCACGCAUCGGGAUAGGAACAACUACAUAGGAAAAUGGCGACCUUGGGGGACCUGUGCACAUCCAACCGCGCAGAAUCACAACGGGAGCGGACACUGUAUGCUUGCGAAUACUAGAGUAGGGAGGGGACUCUAGUGCACACUGCUGAAUGUGCGUUAUCGCUCUUAAAGAGUUUACCUCACCUUCUCCCAACCUAUCUAUUUCCCUCGCCCAAUCCCAAAUUUUCUCCUCUUCCCUACCUACCUCACUCACUUAGCUGGAAUCUUUGACGGCCAAAAGUGGCAACCCUAAAUAUGACUGCUGCGUGAGAACUAGAUGUCAGGUUGUGGUACGUGCCGUAAAUGGAUUUUGUGUGUAUGUUGUGUGCAUGCAUGGUCAUGAACUUUGUUGGUUGUCGUUUGGUCAUGACAUGAAUUAAAGACGUUUUCUUAGAUCAGGA